AUGCCGCGAAACCGUCCACCAACCACUGGCUACGAACGGCUAGCUCAGGCCGAGCAAUUCAGCGAUGACUCGGACGAUGAACCCCUGGGACAGAGCUUUGCUUCGCUGCAACCUCAAACCGCCCCGAGGUUUGCGCCCAUUACCCAGCCCCGCCCUCACUCGGGUAUGGUCUCUCCGAAAGCGCUAUCGAAACAGAAGAACCGCCCUAGGAGGGUUAGGAGCAACUCGGGUGUGGAUCUGAAGGCUAUAAACGCGAGAUUGGAGAGAUGGGCCGAGGAGAUUGCUGCCAAAUUCAAAAGGGGGAAGGAAAAGGGCAGGCCCGGAGAGGAAGAGGGACUUGAAAUACAUUACAGCGUCUUUCAACCUCCAGAAGGAGUACGGCCGAUCACGGCCGAAUCUCUGGCUGCGGCGUCGAACGACGACGCCAUCUUGAAGGCCGAAUUCGAGGAAAUCGUGCAAAGCGUGGAAACGGCCAUUGACCAGGGGAUGCAUCCAAGCAUGAUCACGCAGGGAAGUUCGGGAAGUUAUUUCGCCCGUAAUACGGAAGGGAAAAUUGUCGGUGUCUUCAAACCCAAGGACGAAGAGCCGUAUGCCGCUGGCAACCCCAAGUGGAACAAGUGGAUUCAUCGGAACUUAUUCCCUUGCUGCUUUGGCAGAGCGUGCCUAAUUCCCAACCUUUCGUACGUCAGCGAGGCUGCAGCCUACACUCUCGAUCGUCAGCUGCGGACAAAUAUCGUCCCAUAUACGGAUGUUGUCUGGCUCUCUUCCAAGUCAUUCCACUACCCCUACUGGGACCGGCGGAGUUUUUACCGAAAAAAGAAGCCGUUUCCUGCGAAGCCAGGUAGCUUUCAGGUGUUCCUCAAAGGCUUCAAAGAUGCCAACGUGUUUCUAAAACAACAUCCUUGGCCUGAUCAAUAUUGGUCAGGUUUCCGCACAAGCGACACACACCGCAACAAGCAAAAGAGAUGGGCCGAAAACUGCAGGCCUUCAAGCAGGCCUGCCAACUCUGAUGAUAGCGACGACGAUAGCGAGGCGCCUGAGCCGCUGCCACUCGGGCCAGAUAAUUUUAGGUGGACUCCAAGCUUGAAGCAGUCAUUCCGGGAGGAACUUGAAAAGUUAGUCAUUCUGGACUACAUCAUGCGGAACACCGACAGAGGACUUGACAACUGGAUGAUCAAAGUGGACUGGGAGAGCCAGCAAGUCUCAAUUGCUUCGGAACCUCCACAAUUCAACGUCAACGCCGUCGAUGACGAUGACGAUGAGCAACCAGCAGGACCUGUGGACUUGCCAGACAGGGGCGAUUCGCCUAGCACUCGAUCGCAUCCUUACCAGGCACAAAAGCCCAUGAAUGCAAGCAGCGCAUCGGCAGUCAGAGACCCCAAGAUAUCCGUGGGUGCCAUUGACAACUCUCUGUCAUGGCCUUGGAAACACCCUGAUGCCUGGCGAAGUUUCCCUUUUGGCUGGCUCUUCUUGCCAGUCGAUCUCAUCGGCCGCCCCUUUUCUCAAAAGACCCGAGAUCAUUUCUUACCUCUUCUCACUUCUACGCAUUGGUGGAGCGAGACUCAAUUGGCCAUCAGGAAGAUCUUCCAGCUGGACCCGGACUUUCAAGAGAAAAUGUUCUCUCGCCAAAUGGCUGUCAUGAAGGGGCAAGCCUGGAAUGUGGUCGAGACACUCAAGACACCAGACCACGGCCCGUUGGAACUGACUCGGCGUGCCAAAGUCUGUGUCUGGGACGAUCUUGUCGACGUCCCUGUAGCGGUACCCAUGCGCGUCGCCAGUACCGAGAUGCGCCGCAAGGCUGAGCCCGAAGCGCGCGAUGCCAUUGAAGAAGAGAUUGACAUCGGUGCAGCCAAUUCAUCCACCGCAAUUGCGAACCAAACGGAUGACUUGCUCGGUCUCCCUAGCCAACUGCCAAACCCCGGCCGUUUCGAGCUGUCUACUCCGCGGGCACAAUCUCCAGACGACACGGAGCGCACAACUCAAAGCUCGCCCAACGGCAAAGCCACAGACCCUUUCGAUGUACUCGGAAUGACAUCUACAAGCAAAUCUCGUCCUACAAUAGCCAAGGCAGCGCCACGAGCAAGUUAUCAAGGGCCAUCACGGCCCCAGCUCAAUAUGUACACACCACACCGCGAACGGAGGUUCAGCUUCGCCACAGCGGCCACGCGACGGAGUAGUAAUUCGAUCGCGCAGCAACUGUACGGCGACCACGGUUACGGGGAGGACGAUGUCGAUAUGGAAGGUGACUUGGGAUACGCGGCCGCUGAGGGCAUGGAGGGCAAUAGACGGAAGGUUAUUGUAGAGCGGUUGGAGACGGUGAAAGCAAGGAAUCCAGUGUUUACUUGGUGUUAG